UUUUAUUCUGUUAAAAAACAUUUAUUUAUUUAAAUGUCUACUAUUUAUUGCAUAUGUAUGACUAUGGGAUUCGUGAACUAGUUCUCUUGGAAUAUUCGUACCAGAUCCAAUGUGCACGCGGUAGAAAUUUCAAUUUUGUAAACAAAAAUAAAAGCAUGCUGGCAAGCGUGAGUGAAAAACAAUAUGCAGCAGAAGCUCGCUACACAAACUUUUAUUCAGGCCACGAUAUUGCGUGGAGUGAAGAUGGACAGCACAUUUACUGUUUGAAUGGCGAAGUUGUAAAUCAAGUGAAUGUAGAAACAUCGCAAAUUGUGUGCAGCUUUGGAGUAAAUGUAUCGAACGGUAGUGAAUCUAACGGAAAUGUAGAUAAAUCCAAAGCUUCUGACGGACUCGACGAUGCCAAGGUGGACGAGGACAACAUUUAUUGCUUUGCAAUGUCACGUGAACAUUUGGUGAUCGCACAUGGCAGUGGCUUGCUACGCCUUUGGGAGCUAAGUACGCAAAAGUUAGUUAAACUCUGGAAGAGCCAGCACAAGGGACCCGUUGUUCGCAUCGAGUUUAGCCCGUGUGGCAAGUAUAUCUGUACCAGUGGUGGUGCAGACGCCACGCUGCGACUUUGGGAUUUUGCUAACAACAGCUGUCUGUGCGCUUUGAAAGAUUUUCCUGGCCCAGCACUGGUUGUACGCUUCCAUCCGAGUCCAUUGAAAAGUGAAAUUUAUGCUGCCGGCGCUGACAAUACGAUAUACUGUUGGAAUUAUGGCACAAAAACAUUGCUACAUAAAAUGCGUGGACACAUCUCUCAAGUGACUGGCCUUAGUUUCAAGAGCACAGCUCCUGAUUGCGAUCAAUUGGUCACAGUGAGUCGCGACAAAGUUCUAAUUGCUUGGCAAUUAGGUGUAGAUUCGAGCAACACCUGGAGCCAGUCAAAGAUUAUCCCCUUAUAUGUUGAGCUCGAGGGAGUCACUCAUAUUGCAGAUGGCGAGCAAGUGUUGGUUGCCUGUCGCUCGGGCAAACUCCAGCAAAUUGAUACAAAAUCAUGGAAAAUACGCGAUCUGUUAGUGAAAACCGACUUUGAAAUAUGUCGUCUACUCUACUCCAGCAUCAGAAAACAACUGACCCUAGUAACUACAGAACAAAAUAUUAUCAUAUACAAUGUGAACACCGAGAGUGAGAGUGCAGCGCUGAAGCUUGUUAAGCAGCUGGUUGGAUACAAUGACGAGAUUUUGGAUAUGUGCUUUCUGGGCGACAACGAUCGGUACUUGGCUGUAGCAACCAACAGCAAACAUUUCAAACUGUACGACACCGCGCAGAACAUGAAUUGUCGCCUAAUAUCCGGACAUUCGGAUACGGUCAUGGCACUGGCUGCAUCCCACAAUUUGUUGAUUUCCGUGGGAAAAGAUUGCAGUAUACACCUGUGGAAGCUGUCGCACGAAAUUGAUUGCUUUUUACAACCUCUAACACAGCAAAGCAAUUGCCACACAGCUACCAUUGGCUCUGUGUCGAUAACGCAUAAUGGUGCCAAGGGCUUCGCCUCCGCCUGCCAAGAUGGCAGCAUGAAAGUAUGGCAACUGUCGCGAGACAAACAAGAGCGCAACAAUUAUACGUUCUCGCUGCGUUAUGCAGCGCUGGCUCACGACAAAGAAGUCAACUGCGUUACCUAUGCGCUGAACAACAAAAUACUGGCCACCGCAUCACAGGACAAGACGGCGAAGCUUUGGACGGCGGACUCAAAUGUACUUCUGGGCGUGCUGCGGGGGCACACGCGCGGUGUUUGGUGCGUGCGUUUCUCACCUGUUGAUCAGAUUGUGGUCACCUCUUCGUCCGACUGCAGCCUGCGAAUUUGGUCUAUUGCCAAUUUCAGUUGCCUCAAGCGCUUGGAACAGGAGUGUACGGUAUUGCGUGUCGAGUUUCUUGAUCAUGGCAAAUUUAUACUUUCUGCUGCCUCGGAUGGUCUGCUCAAACUGUGGAACAUCAAAACCAAUAUCUGUGUCCAGUCCAUCGAUGAGCACAGCGAUCGUGUGUGGUCUGUGGCGGUGUCUGCCUGCAGUAAUCGCUUCUUCUAUACAGGUGGUGCGGACUCCAAGCUGAUCCGCUAUGCUGACGUUACCGAAACAGUGCGAAAUGAAGCCUUGGACCAGCGACAAGCCAUGUUGCAGCAAGAGCAAACACUUCACUCACUGCUACACGCCCAAGAGCAGCUUGAAAAGGCCUUCAAGCUAGCCCUAGUGCUAGACAAGCCAAAAGCCACAUAUGACAUCAUCUGCAGUUUUGUGCGCAAACGUGACAACGCCGGAGUGCGUCAAUUGGUGGAUCAACUCAAUUUGGACCAAAGACUGGUGUUGCUGCAGCACGUGAAGGCGUGGGGCACCAAUUCACGUCAUUCAUACAUUGCCAACCUAAUUCUGCAACAUUUGCUGGGCGAUGCUUUGGUCCACACUACACAGAAGUUCUACAACAAGGGAAAUCUGGUUGAAGUGCUGACUCCCUAUGUCCAACGACAUUUCAAGCGAGUUUCCGAGCUGAACAAGGAUCUGGCUUUUAUGGAAUUUAUCGUCAAGUGCAUGUAAAAUUCAAUACAAUUUCCUGUUUAU